CUCUGGUUGAGUCUCCUCCAUGCUGCUCAGAAUGGUGCUUUUCUAGUUCAACAUGGAGUUGACUCAAAGGCCACGCAGUGGGGGAGCCAUCCUCUUUUGCUUUAUUUUCUAAGAUGCAGGGAACAUCUCUCUGUGCUUUGAGAUUCUGCCUGCGGAGUUGGAAUGGUGGAAGAUGCCUCAGACACCUUCUCGGGGAAGAGUCGCAGACUCCCUACACAGAGGAGCAGGAGGGCGCCUGACCCCCCUCUGUCCUGGGUGGAGGGGGCAGCCCACAGGUCACUUCGGGAACUAUGGCUGUCUUCUCAGUUUCUGGCCAGGUCAUUUGUAUUUGAGUGGGAGCAUCAUUGAAAAUCAUCAAGCUUCAUAAAGGUCGCCAGGCAUCCUGAGCCACCCAGAUGAUGCAGGAUGGAGGUGCCAGGACUCACUCGCCCUGCCUCGCCUGCCAGGGACCAGCCAGCUACCGCUCCUGGACACACAGGAGCCCCCGGUGGGCAGGUCUCACCUCACCUGACCCUAAGCCCUGUCAUUCUGCCCCCGGAGCAGGGUCUGGCCCCUACAGUGUUCCUGAAGGCCUUGCCCAUCCCAUUGUACCACACAGUGCCUCCAGGGGGCCUCCAGCCAUGUGCCCCCCUAGUGACACGCAGCUUGGAUGGGGGCGGUGCACCCUUUCUUCUCAGCCCCCUGCUGCGGCCUGAAGGACCUGGCCCUGCCCAGGUGGGGAAGCCGGCACUUGUGUGCCCGGCACUUACCGUGAACAUCGUGGGUACUCUGCCUGUCCUGUCGCCAGGCCUGGGGCCCACGCUGGGGAGCCCGGGCAAGGUACGGAAUGCCGGCAAGUACCUUUGCCCACACUGUGGCCGGGAUUGCCUGAAGCCCAGUGUUUUGGAGAAGCACAUCCGGUCCCACACGGGUGAGAGGCCCUUUCCAUGUGCCACCUGUGGCAUUGCCUUUAAGACCCAGAGCAACCUGUAUAAGCACAGACGCACCCAGACCCACCUCAACCACUCUAGGCUGUCCUCAGAGUCCGAUGGAGGUGGGGGCAGCCUCCUGGAGGAGGGGGACAAGGCUGGAGAGAGCUCCAGAGCAGACGUCCUGGGGGACAGCAGCAGCCAGAGAGUGGGUGAUGGGGCCCGAUCAGAGAGACCCCUUUCUCCAGGCACCCAGGAUGCUGGGCGCUGCCUGGUGCCUGCCAUGCACCUGUCUUCUGUUGCCAAGACCUUGGGUCUGAAGUUGGAAGCUGUUCCCUGUCCAGGGUCCACAUUUGCUGACAGAGAGACCCCUGUGGACUCUGCCCACACGGCCUCCCCUGGGCUCGCCCUGCCUGGCUCCCAGCCGAGGUGGAAGCUGCCAGAGCAGACGUCCCCGACUGCCGGCCGGCUGUGCUCCCUACAGCAGCAGCAGGCAGCCACGUCUUCGGAGAAGCCCUGGGACACUAAGGCCUUAGAGGGCCGGCUGCGGAAGUGUGAGAGCACUGACUCGGGCUACCUGUCCCGCUCUGAUAGUGCAGAGCAGCCGCCGGCCCCUGGCAGCCCCCUGCGCGGCCUGUUGGAGCACAGUGCCGAGUCUGAGGGCGAGGUGGCACUGGGGCCUGGGGGGCCCGGCCUGCAGCUGGAGAAGAAGAAGCUAGAGGAGCGCAUCGCCUGGCUCAUCUCUCACAAUCAGGCUGUGGUGGACGAUUCCCAGCUGGACAACGUGCGGCCCCGCAAGACAGUCCUGUGCAAGCAAGGCAGUAUUGACCUCCCUAUGCCCUACACCUACAAAGAUUCCUUCCACUUUGACAUCCGGGCGCUGCAGCCUGGCCGGAGGAAGCCCGCUACCCUCAGCUCGGCCCGUUCUACCUUUACCCCCCCGGACAAGGCGCCGCCGCUCUUCUUUCGCUCGGUCCCCACUCAGCUCUCCACCACUGUGGCAUGUGUGCCCGUCACCAGGAGCAACUCACUGCCUUUUGUCGAGGGCACCAGGACAUGGCAGGAGCCCCCGGACCCCCAGGAUGCCUGCCCCAGGAGGCAGAAGCCUCUGAGCCCCAGGCCCGCCCCCGCCCGACUGGUGGAUGUCCCCAGCAGCCACCCCCGGGCCCUGGUGAGACAGGCUGCUGUGGAGGACCUGCCAUGUCCCCCUACUGGAGACAGCCUGGUGCCUGCAGAGGACCUGGAUGGAAACAGAGCUGCUGCUGGGGAGGGGGCAGCCAGCAAGGGCAGAGCAGCCAGUAAGAAAUGCAGCCAGAGGAAGCUGAAGAUGUUCUCCCAGGACAAGUGGCAGGUGUAUGGGAAUGAGACGUUCAAGAGAAUCUACCAGAAAAUGAAAACCAGCUGCCAUGGAGGCAAGAAGGCAAGGGAGAUGACCAUGGGUAGUGGGACAGAGCUGGACCUUCCUCUCCAGGAAGAGUUAGCAGGAAAUGAGGGCACAGUACUGUCCCAGGACAGGAGGAGCCCUGUUCAUGGAGACACAUCUGUGGGGGCCAAACCAGGGCCUUGCCAAAAUCCACUGGGCCCGGAGGGCAUCUUAGUGAUGGAAUCCCCCAAGCAGAGGGAGAUGGUGGCCAGAGCAGGAGGCAGUGACCAGCCUAGGGUGAACAGGGCCAUGUCUCCGCCCACCCUCAGCUGCAGAGAACCCUCCUGUUCAGGUGGCGAGAGCCCCCUCCUUUCUCCAAACAGGAAGCUGGAGCUGGGGUGUCAGCUGCCCCCAGUACCUGGUCCCCUCAGGGGAGGUGAUAUAGAGACUCCCAAGCUGGUUUUGCCAGACCCUCAGCUGGAAGGAGGCACCCUUGGUGGUGGGGACAAGAAGGAGCCCUGUCAGUGGACCCAAACUGUGCCGAGGCGGCCCAGUGGUAGCUCUGGGGAACCCCAGCCCUCAGAGGACAAGCUCCCCUCAGAGAGGAAGAAGCUGAAGGUAGAGAAGCUGAGCUGCCAGGAGCAUUCAGAACCUCUGGGAACAGAAAGAGAGGCCCUGGGUGGCCCCAUGCAGGCCGCCUCCCCACCAUCUCAGAACCAGGACAGUGACCCUGGGGAUAAGCCAGGGGAGCUACAUGGGAGUGCUGAUGGCAUGGCGAGGGGCAGGGCUGGGCAGCCAGGCAGGCCCUUGGAGAUUUCUGGUGCUGCCUCUGCUACUCCUUCUGUGGCUCAGAGGCAGGCGGAACUGGGGGAAGAGAUCUUGCCGUGUCCUGCAGCCACGUCCCUUGGGCAUCAUUCCCACGCAGCUUCUGGUGUCCUCACUGCUCUGGCGGACACUACCUUCCCCCCUAAGUACCUCCUCAAGUUGCCUCAGGGAGAGACCUGCCCACCGCCUUCUGUCACCCCGAGGCCGGGAGAAGGCCAGGACCCUGUGUGCAGGAGCAGGCGGCCUGAGGAACUGGCAUCCUUUGUUGGGUCAGGGCUGGGGACCCGCCUGCCUCCCUGUCCAGCCUCAGGCUUGGCCACCAGUGGGGCACACAGCUUCAAGGAGGACCCCAGCUGCUCUAGGCCAUGGGACAGGAGAAAAGGGGUACAGGGAGAGGAGAAAGGAGACUUGGACACUUACACCCCAGCAGGGGGGCAGUCCUCUGGCUCAUCCGCUGGCACCCCCAGGGAGACAGCCUCCUUUCUGCCCACCCCAGCGUGUGCCUCCCGGCAGAGUGGCCCCCCUGACGUCCGACACCUCUGCGUGGGCAGCACUGCAGUGGGGGCCAGGCCAUCUGGGGGUGCCCCGAAUCCCUGCGCACUCAGGGAGUUGGGGGGAACUCCUGAGAAUGUCCCGGAAGGCCCUCCUUCAGAACCUCUGGCUGGGCUCAGUUCCUGCUGCUCCUUCCUCACGGCCCCCAUACCCCCCAGCUGGCCAGAGCUGGCCUCGUGUGCCCACUCAGAGACCCAGUGGAGUUUCAGGGCCCACGGCCCUUUCCCGUCAUUGAGGGCCGAGCCCCGACUCACAUGGUGUUGCUUGAGCCGAAGCCUGCCUCUGCCCACAGAGCAGAAGGAAAAGGCUGCUUCUGUGUACUUGGCACUGCACUUCCUUGGUGGCAGCACCCAGGACAAGGGUCCAGACACCCAGCCUGUGAGCAAGACAGUGGGAGGACGGAUGAAGACAGGCCUGGGACAAGGAGGGCAGGUCCAGACAUCAAAGCUCUCCUGCCCGGUGGCCUCAGGGAUAGUGUCCCAGGAGCGGCUGUCUGAGUCUGAAGGGAAGAAAGGACUGCUGUGGAGGAAGGCGAAGAUGUUUCGGGGAAACGGCAAACAGAAGCUGAGUGUCUGCUCCAGAAGGUACAAAGGCAGUUUCUUACAGAGCCGCGUUCAGUUGAGAGGGAGUGGACUGCGCAGGCCGCUCAGGGUGCUGAGAAGAGACCGCCACCCUUCCCCACUCGAGGGGCUGGACCCACGUGGGACCUGCAAGCAGCCUUCUUCAGAAAUGGCAGGUCUGAAUCUGCAAGAGGAGCCAUCUCGUGCCUCUUCAGAAUCGCCUGUUGGUUGUGGGCACAGAGAGGAGGAGGAGGAGGAUGGCUCCAGACAAAUGUCAGGAAGCUUCUCUCCCAGCACAAGUUCACGGGCUGGCAGUGGAAUACACCAUGGAACCAUGAAGGCGAUUUCUCCAGCUACCGGUGGGCACGGUGACUGCUGCCCUCAGAACACUGCUGCUGGGUCAGGACUGUCAGAACACUCGGAGUCCUGUGUCGCACCGGCUAAUAAUGACAGCCUCCUGUCUCGAGGCAGAGGUCUCGGCCCAGGCUUGCUGGAGCCCCAGCCGCUGCCCUCCGAGGAGCAAGUCUCAGUGGAUCUGAAACCAUAUGUUUUCUCAGAUGCUCAAGAACCUUCUUCCCCUGAGUCCAAAGGAACCUUUCCCCUCAAGGAUGUUGCUCCCUCUGUGGGUGCCAUUUGUGUUCUGGAGGAGAGAGCAGGUCACACAACCCUGGGAAUUCACAGUGCAGGGCCACAAGACCACAGAGCUGCAGGGGAGGCCCUGACACGAAGCUCCCCAGACAGAAAAGCUAGAGCGGAGGGCAUGUCGCCACCAGUCCUGCCAGGGAGACCUUCAUCUGGGCAAAGAAUUUCAGGUUUGGUUUUGCUGGGGUCAGCUGGAAAAACUCAUCUUGAAAUACCAGCUUUAGGACCAGGCUUGGCUAGUUCAUACCAAGAGGAAGGGGAACACAAGAUGUUUUUUCCUACUGGGGGACACUACAGGAGUGGGGAGAUGAUAGUCCCCUGCCCUCCCUUAGGAAAUGACAGUGGGAAAUGUCGAGGCUCUGGAUUAACUGCUCUAAAGGACCAUGUGGUUACUUCUAACCCAGGGCAGCCCAGAGAAGCCCCUGAAGUCCCUUCAAAGACUGUCAAGAGGAGGGGUCUGGAAGGACUGAGAAAGCAGACUCGAGUGGAGGUCAGUGACACCAGCAGUGACGAUGAGGACCGGUUAGUGAUAGAGAUGUGAAGCUUCUGAGCCUGUGGUCGGAGACCAAAUGCUAUCAGGCUGGCAGGACAGCUGAACACUCUUUCACCAAGCACCUACCUACGAGGAAAGCCAUCUGGGGAUCUUUGCGAGGCAUCCCCAGCCAACUCCAGGCUGCAUUCCCCCGGUCCCCUUGCAAUAUACCAGGUACCAGGAAGGGCAAAGGGAGCAAUGGAGCCCAGUCUAGGAAUGCUUGGUGCACAACAAUUGCACUCGCCUCCCAGCCACGUCCUCUGCAUCGUUCCCCACGGCCGCGUCCAUAAGGUGGCGUUAACCAGGACAGCCGGUCUGCAUGUUUAUGUGCAAGUGAACCUGUAGAGUCGAGUCAACCGACUUCCUCCGUCAGUGAGCUGAGGGUUUGCUUCAAAGGUGGUAAGCACACGUGGAUAAUUGGGGUAGCUUGCAGAGGAAAUGGGUAUGAAUGGGGCAUCAAGAUACAUCUGUUCAUUCUGGAAACAAAAUCCAGAUUCAUUAAGAACUGCAGCUUGGUUAGAAUAACUUGCGUCCUUAGUGGAAGUUGUAAAUAUACUCCAAAAUGCCUAUGAUCUAGUAAAAUGCUGAUUAUCUUAAAUGUUCCCGCCAGUGGUCAAUGCUUACGUGUGGUCCAGCGACACAGGCAUGCACUGCUCUUGGACCCGGUGCUUUUUCUGUUGAGACCUCUGAAACCCUUGGUUUUCUUAGCUCUUGCAAAGGAACGCUGUGUUAAAAGUUAAUAGAACAGUCUCUGUAAUGAGUCAUUUUUUGAGGGGGAAAAAUUCAGUUAUUUUUCUCUGAUUCUUUCUGUCAUAUUGUGCUCUGAGCAAUUUCAAUUAGAGGGUUACAUUUUAGCAAUCUCUACAGCUUAAACUGAUGGGGCUCAUCGUGACAGAGCCUUUUAGGUUUCCUCCAGAAGCUUCAAGGAUACAAAACUAAUUGGAGUUUUGACGCUGUUUUACAUCUCAGUAAUUUUAUUUUGGGGGCUUGGUGUUACUUUGCUGUCAAAUUAAAUCAGCCUCUGUAUUGUGCAAGUCAGAACAGUACAGAUAAAAUUCCCCCGUAUUCCAAGCCAGUGCGCCCCUGUGCAGAAGAAAAUAGCUGAUCGACGUCAGCCAACUCAGUGAGCGAAGAGUUCUGCUCCUUCUCCUUAAAUGGGAGAGGAAAAACUUAAAGAGAUUUACACUGUUGCAUUUCAAAAAAAAUUUUAUACUUGCUUUUGGUAUGAUUUUGUACAAUUUGAAAUUUAUAGCCAAGCUCUUUUGGCUUAGCUUUUGAUGUGAUGAUGUUUAUAUGACAUCUUGAACCUUCAGGAGCAGCAGCAAUGCACAGUAUCUCACACACGUGAACACACUUAACGUGUCCUUGCCUGGGGUUAAGGAUGAGCAAGUUUCAAGUAUUGUCAACGUGAGUUUUCUGAUUUUGGAGUUAUUCAUAGGAAACUUCAAUACAAGACCAGCUUCCCCUGGUGACUUAGCAUAUAUGAGAUGCACUCAUAAAUAUUCAAGUGAUUUCAAGCCCAGCCAAGUAAAACAUAAGAAGGGAGGUAAAAGGUUGCUAGGUAUUCACUUUGUGUACAUUCUUUUCUUUGUGUACUUCUUAAACCAAACAAAAGUGAUGUGGUGAUUAUCUACCUUUGAAUGUUCCAUGCUCCUGUAAUGAGAGAGGAGGUCUAGGAAAGUGGCUGAGUCUUGGAGGGAGAGUAAAAAGCCUGCCUGUGUCCUUACUGAGCUGGGAAAUCAUGGGUAGGACACAUGCCCUCUGCACCUCAGUUUCCCCAGCUGAGAAUCAGAGUUGGACCAGAUGAGCUGGAUGUGUCUCCAGGCUCCAGUCCUUGUCAGAUGAACUCCCUCUUGUUUACCUACAGAGGUUUGGGGGCUCUGAGGUUACCUUCAUGGGGAGGGCCCCCCACAAGACAUUUCAGGGGGGACCAUGGAGAACUGAAGCAUGAACAUCUUCAGCCAAGUAUUGCCAUGAAGAACAUGAGCUCAGAGAAGCUCCAUAUGAUUUCUUUUUCCUUAGAGUUCCAGAUUUUGGGGGAAAAGUCAUCCAGUUUAUACAUUUGGCUCAUAAUUCAAAAAUUGAAAGCAAACCCAGAACACUACCCUGUGAGGGGAAGACAGCAUGUCUAUGGGCUGAAUUGACUACUUUGCCAUGGUUAGGGGAAGAAAACUAUCUUCCAGAUAUUUUUUUCCUGGUGGCUGCUAAGCUGUCAGUGGGAUUGCUGAUCUAUAUCAGUAAGUCACAGUUCCAAAUAGCACUGACCUUCAGAUGGUGGUGGAAUUUCUGUCCUUCUAAGAGCCACCAUUGCUGGCUGCCACAUCCCAGCCUGGAUCCAAUAUGGUAGAACAUUGAUUCCAUCUCUCUGACUCCUUGUAUGUGUGUCUUAUCAGGGCGAGCAGGUUGCCAAGCCAUCCCGUCAGCUGGUCAUUUGCAACAGGUGGCAGUGUUUACAAGGGUGCCUCACUCUAUAUCAGCAUGAAUUGUGAAAAGCUAUAUUCCAAUGGAUUAAAAAAAAAAACAACGAAGUAUUUUGAGUGACUCUAGGGAAAUUGGCUAUUGGAAAUCAUCCUAAGGUAUAAUUUUUUUUUAAAAGAAUCCUUUUAUAAAGCAACAAAUACUCUCUGAUUUUAUAAAUCUUAAUUUUCCUGUGGGGCUUCUUAAAGAGAAAUGCAGUCCCAGGGCUACAUUUAUCAGCAAUCUACAACCCAGUUUGUGUUACUGAAAAUAAAAUUUAAAUAUUACUAAUUGAUAAUUGCUGCCGUUUUUACUCUUCAGGUGUCCACUGUGUAGUGGCGAAGGGAAAACAAAUUGAUUUCAGAACAAGGCAAACCGGAGUGCACAGAUCACAGACUCCCCUUCUCCCGAGGGCUGCUAAUGUCAUUGUACCUUCAGGUGAGGGUCUUAGGCGGUUGGUGCUCAGCCUCUUCCACUCCAGGGAUUCUGGUGUAGACUAAAGUCAAGUGCACUUUGCAUUCUUUGCUGUUCUCUCAGGGCAAGGUAUACAGGUGCCAUGACUUGUUACGUUAUACUCAAGGCUCACCACCCGGUUUAUCUCUUCAGCUGUACCUACACCUGGCCAGACACCCCUUGUCAGAGAUGCAUGGAGGGAAGGGGUUUUACCUCCUCCCUUGGCAGACUGUACUCUUAAGUGACCUUUGAAAUCACAUGGUGUUUAACAGACAACCUGGAUCCUCUUUGUUGUAAGGCAUGAUGGAGGACAGCGCGUCCCUUCUGUUACGUAUGACCUUGGAGACUGGAUGAAAUGAUUAUCCCUUUGAUUCACAAUGCAAGAGAACCUGUGGUUCAUUUGCCAAGAGAUUAAAAAAAGAUGGGUGGGGUGCCUCUGGAUUCUAAUCCAACCCUGCCAGUAGCAUGAUGGGUAACUGCGGGCAGGUUACACUUUCUCCUCCUAAAAUCCCUCUUCUAAGGCUCAUAUGGGAAGAGUAGCCUUUCGAGAAUGCAUUGUGACCACAGUUCUUGGCAUGAAAGAUGAACGAGUUGCAGCCUUAUGCCAAAAAGUAUUUCCUUGCAUUUACAUUCAUUACUUAGAAUGAUCACAUUAUUCAUUUUUUCCCCAGCAUAGAAAUUUGCAUUUUGCACAAAAUUUGCCUGGUGCAGCAGAUUUUUAUAGUUAUGGAAACUGUCAUCAUUAUUGGAAUGUGCUGCUGUUCAACUCCCCAGACAUAAUUUAAUAUGGCGAGGAGAAAAUGGUCUGCCCGGCUCCAUGGCGAUCGGAUUUCUACAACUGCAGCAAACAGAUUUGUGUAUUUUUCCUCGCUUCAGUUGUGAUUCCCAGAGUUCUCUUUGGCUUUUGAAACACUACGUUUCUUGAUAUUUAAGCACAAUUACGUUGUCUUUAUCUUUCAGAACUCAGUAAAUAUAGGUUGCAGGGCCCAGAAAAUCUUGUGUGCUAGAUUUGCACCUAUACAGUUCUCUUUUCAUGGCUUUUGUAUUUAUGUGGGCACGUAAUGUCAUUCGAUGUGAAGAAGUCUAGGAACAUUUGACCAUAUUGCUUCACCAUUGGAAGAAAAGGAGCCAGGAAAAAUAGCCCAUCUCUGUCACUUGGAGCCCUAGAGGAUGACUCAGCAUCUCCUAUAUGCAGUCAACUGUUCAGAACUUCCUCUCUUGAUUGUUCAUAAUCAGGAAAGCUAUUGGCCUCUUGGAUGUUUGUUGAAAUUUAUCUCCUUCUUGAUAUGGUUAAAUUAUUUUGUUUUGAUAAAAAUAAAAUUGAAAAGAAAAA